AUGUCGGUACAAGAACUCAGACUAAAGGGCAACGAGAAAUUCAAAAACUGCAAUUAUCCAGGGGCCUUGAUCCACUACACCGAGUGUCUAAACCUCGAUCCAAGCGCCUAUGCUAUCUACUGCAAUAGGGCGGCGGCCUUGAUCAAACUGGAUUGCAUGAAAGAGGCAGAAGAGGAUCUGAUCAGAUCUCUGGAAAUCAACCCAGACUAUGUCCCCAGCUUGUGCAGACUCGGGUUCCUUUACCUUUACGAGGGAAACACUGUCAAAUCAUUGGAAAACUACGUGAAAGCCGUCCAAGUCUGCGCUAGAGAACCGCACCAGCUGGACAAAUUCAAAGGACGGCUGAAAGAGGCCGUCCGUCUGGCAGAAGGUCGCGCAAAACAACAGGGAUAUCCGCAAGACUACAUUGACAGCAUUGUCCCCUCCACAGUGAGAGCGAUUUUGGACAAUUACAGGGGCUUGACGGGCGAAGAUGCCGGGCAAAGUACAGUGUCCAGUAAUGCUACGAAUCCAUCCGGAGAUUCGUCAAUACCCCGUGGGCGCAGUUUUGCAACCGCGAUCACGGGUACCCCGAUGUCGUUGGCCAGCCUUUUCGGCCAGGGACUGAACCGCGGGGUGAACACCUCCAUCCGAGUCGAGACUGGGCAGCCGUCACGUGACGAGAAUCAGGCGGACAGAAUGGACGAGGAUCCAGAGGUGGAUAUUUCCGACGUGGAAGCUACUAAUCGGCAAAUACACGAGCGGGUCCAAAACUUCAUGAGACAACAGCAGGACCAGCCUCUGCAGCCCAUGGCGCUAGCCCGGAGCCUUGCAUCAACCAUCACGUCGCAGUUCCAGAACGAGCCUCAAGGAGGAAAUCUGGCAGACCAGAUAGCUCGCGGAAUUUCGACUUUCAUGGGGCAAACACAGGGUGAACCACAGCAGUCAGCACCAGCGCACUCGUCAACGGGAGACAACCUGCAGGAAAUGGGCGGGCUUCAAGACGAUUUGGACUGA